CUACUCCAAACGCAAUACGUACACCUCUCUCAUGACAACACAAAUCGCAUUUUUAAUUUCGCUUUGAUUUAUUAUAAUAUUGAGUAUCAUUUUAAGACAAAACUCCACUUUGUUUUAAGAUGUUUGUAAUACUUUCUUAAAAAGAAAAACAACAAAUUAACAAUGGAGCAUAAGUAAAAACAAUUGAUUUAUGAACUGCCAUUUUGAACACAUUCGCUUUUACAACUUCAUAUAUCACCAGCAAUAGAGCUGACAACUGGCCGAUGUGUAGCUAAAAAAAAGGUAAACAAACAAACUACUCGCAGGACUUUUUAACGAAGUCGCUUGUUUGCAUGUCGUCCGUAGCACUUGAGGAGCGACAAUGAAGGAAAUAUGUUUGGACAUAGACUUACACAAAAUGCAAUUGUGGACGGUAGGAUUGUGCCACUGGUUGAAGUGAUCGAGAGCUGUGUCGGCAUACAGGUGAAAAACUCCCAGGAGCUUCCGAGUAAAAUAUGCCAGACGUGCAAAUCUAUCAUUCUCCAGUUUCACGUCUUUAAACAAAAGUGUAGUAGAGCGGAAAGUGUAUUGCGAGAGAUGCUGUUACACCGAACAUCAUUUACUGAGCACAUAGAAGAAGGUGGUUUCCCUGAUAGUGACUAUUUGGAGGAAAGUAAAUCAGUCCAUUCACCUUUGGUGGAAUACAUUGAAGAAACCAUCGAGGAGGCGCAGGAGGAGGAGGAGGAGGAGGAGAAGGAGGAGGAGAAGGUUGGUACUGUGUUAAACAGUGAAAAUGAAUCCGUAGCUCCCGAUGGGAUGUGGGAAAGUCUCAUCAGCCAAUCUCCGGAAGGUGUUGAAACUUCGGAUAAAGAUACUACAAUCAUUCAUACAGAGGAAUAUUUUUCCGAUAUGGGAGACGGAAAUUUUGUGUCCGCGUUGGAAAUAGCACCCAGCGUUGAACGAGCGGUGGCCAAAUAUGAACCAACAGCAUUGGAUGAUUUAAAAUCAGUGCAAAGCAAUAGUCAUGUAUGCGACAUAUGCGGAAAGAUAGCCCUCUCAAAAUCACGCCUGGCGAAACACAUGCAGCUUCAUAUUGAUUCUAAAAUAGUGCUCGAUCAUAUGAACUUUUUCAUUUGCACUUUCUGCCGAUAUGUGUUUCUGCGAGAACAAGAUUUGAGUGACCACAGCGUGCAGUGUUCCGGAUGCUUAAACUUUCCGGUUGUUGGAAAUGAGCCGUGCCGUGUUCGUGACAAUGUAGAACCUUCCAAGCGCAUUGUGGGAGGCAGUGGCGUCUGCGGAAUCUGUGACGCAGGGUAUGAUGAUCUGUUGCACGUGAAACAGCAUAUCAUUAGCCAUUUGGAAAAGUUUCCAUGUCCGUUGGAGGGUUGUGGAUGCGAGUACUCCUCACUGGCACGGUUGACCACACAUAUCAGCAAUCAGCAUGUCGAUUAUCUUUCGCCAAACUGUCCCCACUGUAAGGAAGAAAUAGAUCGAGUCGAUUUAAGGCAACAUGUAAGACUCUACUGCAAAGCGAAACAGUUUGAGUGUACACAUUGUGAUAAAAAGUUUCUCUCUUGGAAAGCAUUAUCACAACAUCUGAAAAAAAUAGACCAAAAGUUUCACUGUUCGCAAUGUGAUAAAUCAUUUUCGUCGCAAGCCUCGUUGAAACUACAUGAACGUACACACAGUGGUGAACGACCGUACGUUUGCACGAUUUGCAACAAGUCGUAUAAAACAUCUAGCUUGCGGACAGCGCACACGGAUACGCACAUCGUAGGGAAAACGUUCAAAUGCGAAAUGUGCGGUAAAAGUCUCCAGACGCGUGCCUGCUACAGGAACCACGUGAAACGACAUUUGGAACAACGCAAUCAUGGAUGUCCCGUGUGUGGAAAGAAAUUUUUCCAAAAAUGUACACUUCGUGUGCAUCUGAAAAUGGUGCACCGAUUGUCGGGCGAUAUGUUGGAUGUGUAA